AUGAAAUCUGGGGGAAAAGGUACUAAUGUCACAAUGGUAACCGCUGUAUCUGCCUCAGGAAAUACAGUACCUCCAAUGUUUGUGUUCCCUCGCAAAAAUUACAAAGAUUAUUUUGGUUAUAAUGGUCCACCGGACUGUAAUGGGGUAGAUAAUGGAAGUGGCUGGGUUACAGAUAUUAAAUUCAAAAAUUUUAUGCAGCAUUUGAUUAGACAUGUGAAGCCUUCAAAUGAAUAUAAAAUUCUGUUGAUUUUGGACAAUCACUCUUCUCACUUGCAUUUUGAAACACUAAACUUAGCAAAGGAGAAUAGGAUAGUCAUUUUUUCUUUUCCACCACACUCCAGCCAUAAGCUGCAGCCACUAGAUGUAUCAGUGUUUGGACCUUUAAAAAAGUACCUAUCAGUUGCACAGGAUGCAUGCUGA